UACAGUUUGUAAACAAUAUAUUAGAAAGUCGUGACAAUAAAUAAUUUUAUAAUGAAUAAUGAAGGGAACGUUUUUAGAUAAAAUUAUGAAAAUAGUAUUUAGAAUUUAAGAAUUUCAUUUCCGUAGUUUUAUCGUCGAAUGUAGCGAACAGUAAUAUACUUUAUACCAAUUCAUGCAAUACGUAAAUAUAUCGUAAUGUAUUUAAUACUUUUUAUUACUUUGUGCGUCUGCCAAAUAAAUUACGCUUUGGAGAUGCCGGAAAAAUUCGUAAAGACUGGUCAUUCAAACAACUGGGCGGUGUUAGUUGACACCUCGCGGUUUUGGUUCAACUAUCGACACGUUGCGAAUGUAUUAUCGAUAUAUCGCAGCGUGAAACGUUUGGGAAUACCAGACUCGCAAAUUAUUCUGAUGAUAGCAGACGACAUGGCAUGCAAUCCGAGAAACCCUAGGCCAGCUACUGUGUUCAAUAAUGUCAAGCAACAUAUUAACGUUUACGGAGACGACGUAGAGGUAGAUUAUAGAGGCUAUGAAGUUACGGUAGAAAAUUUUGUGAGAUUGUUAACCGGAAGGUUAAUGCCGGAAACACCAAGAUCCAAGAAAUUACUGACAGACGAAGGGUCUAAUAUUUUGAUCUACCUAACCGGUCAUGGUGGGAACGGAUUCUUGAAGUUCCAAGACUCCGAGGAAAUCACUAGUCAAGAACUCGGAGAUGCAUUGGAACAAAUGUGGCAGAAACGAAGAUACCAUGAAAUUUUAUUCAUAGUCGACACUUGCCAGGCAAGUUCAAUGUAUCAGAAGUUUUAUUCCCCAAAUAUCUUGGCAGUUGCAUCUAGUCUGGUGGGAGAAGAUUCACUUUCUCAUCACUUGGAUCCUUCUAUCGGUGUUUACAUUAUAGAUAGGUACACAUAUCAUGUAUUGAAUUUUCUAGAGAAUGUAGAACCUUCUAGUACCAAAACUUUAGGAGAAUUUCUCAAAGUAUGUCCAAAGCAUUAUUGCUUAUCGACGGUCGGAGUAAGAAAGGAUUUAUUCAGAAGGGAUCCUGAUAAAGUACCAGUCACAGAUUUCUUUGGGUCACUGAGGCCCGUAGAAUUAACCACAAGUAUAAUGAUCAUUAAGCCUCGUUAGGUAUAGGUAAAAUAAAACCGGCAGGAGAAUAUUUUUAAG